UCAUGCUGCUGCCAGGUCCACAGUGUCUCAUGGGUCCCUGUACGGCCUCCCAUUGCUGCUGUCUCCAUCGCCACACUCUGCCAUGUGCCACUUUCAGGUCUCCUCACACUGCUGGUGGGUUCCAUUUUGUCAUAGGGUGCUGGCAGAUUACGGGCCUCCCAUUGCUGCUGCCAGGCCUGUAAUCUGCCAUGGGCCCCUGUACCGCCUCCUCAUGCUGCUGCCAGGUCCACAGUGUCUCAUGGGUCCCUGUACGGCCUCCCAUUGCUGCUGUCUCCAUCGCCACACUCUGCCAUGUGCCACUUUCAGGUCUCCUCACACUGCUGCUGGUUCCAUUUUU